AUAAUAUCCAUGUCCGAAUUUCAGGGGCAAAAUUGUAAAUAAAGUUAGCCGAAAACCACAAUUACAACAAUAAAUCCAUUAAUCAUAUAUUUGGAGGUGGUCAUCAUCGUCACUCAAAAAUUAUUCUCAGCUUCAUAUUCCCGCAGCAUACCUCAACAGUCGAUUCGAAGUAAUGGGAAAGGAUUCAAAACCUAAGGAAUCGGGGGGAAAAGGUAAGGGAAAACAGGCAGCAGGUGCAAGUGAUGAUGGUGGAUCAAAGGGUAAAGGAAAAGGAGGGAAAGGAGACGGUCUUGGAACUUGCGCUUAUGUCAAAGCAAGGCAUAUUUUGUGUGAGAAGCAAGGAAAGAUCAACGAGGCUUAUAAGAAGCUACAGGACGGGUGGCUCAGCAAUGGAGACAAGGUCCCACCAUCUGAGUUUGCUAAGAUAGCUGCAGAAUAUUCAGAAUGUCCUUCGGGAAAGAAAGGUGGGGACCUUGGAUGGUUCCCACGUGGCAAGAUGGCGGGCCCUUUUCAGGAGGUUGCCUUCAACACGCCUGUUGGGGUAACCAGCGCACCGUUCAAGUCUACGCACGGGUAUCACAUCAUCUUGAGCGAAGGAAGGAAGAAUUGAAAAACGUUUGGUUCUCUAGUGUCGAGUUUAAUCACUAUGUUAGAUCUUAGAAUCGUAGUAUCUAUGUGAGACCUGUUCUUCGCUUCAUUCGGAUGGUGUUUUUCUUGAAUGGUGAACUGUGUAACUCAACUUCUGGUGAACUAUAAAAAAUAUAACUAAAUAAUCCUUUUGUUCUCUCAUGCCUUUUUUUUUUUUUA